CACUCUGCUCUCUGCUGCGGCUACCUACCUAGCUGCUCCUCACACUCCCCCCCUCCAUCUCCAUCGCCGGCCAACAUCAGCUCUUGCGCGCAUGCCAGCACCGCUCCCGAUUCGUCAGCGCCACCUCGAUCAUCCCCAUCCUGUCUUCUAGCUACCUCCCCUGUGCUUCGUUCGUUCGAGACUCGCCGCCACGCACGCACGCAAUGCCUCCUAACGCCCACCAGGACGCGCACGGAAGCAACGCCGGCGGCCUCGCCGUGACGACGACGUCCCCUCCGGCGGCGGCGUCCAACUCCAAGAUGGACUGCUUCUUGACCACCGCCUGCACGCCGCUCAACCUCCAGUUCAUCGACGUGUCGUACCGCGUCAAGCAGACGACGGACCGAUCAUCGCCGUCCUCCAGCAAGGCACCACCGCCGGGCGGCCGGAUCUCAGCGCACUCGGGUUCCGGCGCCCCCGCGUCGUCGGCGGCAGAGGAGCGGACCAUCCUCAAGGGGAUCACGGGGGAGGCGCGGCCAGGGGAGGUCCUCGCGGUGCUAGGCCCAUCGGGGAGCGGCAAGUCGACGCUGCUGUCGAUCCUCGGCGGGCGCCGCCUGGCCGGGCGCCACACCGGGACCGUUCUCGCCGGCGGCCGCGCUCCCUGCCGCGCCGUGCAACGCCGGACGGGGUUCGUGGCGCAGGACGACGUGCUCCACCCGCACCUCACCGUCCGCGAGACGCUCACCUUCUGCGCGAUGCUGCGCCUGCCCCGGUCGGCGCCCGGCGCCGCCAAGGCGGCCGCCGCCGAGGCCGUGAUCGCGGAGCUCGGGCUGUCGGCGUGCGCCGACACCAUCGUCGGGAACGCCUUCGUCCGGGGCGUCUCCGGCGGGGAGCGCAAGCGGGUCAGCAUCGGGCACGAGCUGCUGGUGAACCCGAGCCUGCUGGUGCUGGACGAGCCCACGUCGGGGCUCGACUCCACCGCCGCGGCGAGGCUCGUCGCCACGCUGUCGGCGCUGGCGAGGAGAGGACGGACGGUGGUGCUGUCCGUGCACCAGCCGUCGUCGCGGGUGUACCGGAUGUUCGACUCCGUGCUGCUCCUCGCCGACGGCAGCUGCCUCUACUUCGGCGCCGGAAGGGACGCCAUGGACUACUUCGCGUCGGCCGGAUUCGCGCCGGGGUUCCAUGUCAACCCGGCUGACUUCAUGCUCGACCUCGCCAAUGGUUUUGCUCAAGCAGAUUACAACGUCACGGCAGAAGGCGGCAAUAACGUGAAGCAGUCGCUGAUCUCGUCCUACAACAAGGUGCUGGCCCCAAGGGUGAAGGCCUCCAUCGUCGCCGCCGAUCACGCGCAGAGUGGCGACGGCGAGCAGGUGCCGCCGCCGGCAGAGAGCUGCAGCAGCACGAGCUGGUGCAACCAGUUCACGAUCCUGCUCCAGCGCAGCCUCAAGGAGCGUCGCCACGAGACGUUCACGUCGCUGCGCAUCUUCCAGAUCAUGGCGCCGGCGCUGGUGGCCGGCGCCAUGUGGUGGCGGUCGACGCCGGUGGCGGUGCAGGACCGGCUGGGCCUGCUCUUCUUCGUCUCCAUCUUCUGGGGCGUCUUCGCCUCCUUCAACGCCGUCUUCGCCUUCCCGCAGGAGCGGCCGGUCCUCGCCCGGGAGCGCGCGUCGGGGAUGUACGCGCUCUCCUCCUACUUCAUGUCGCGCAUGGCGGGGGACCUCCCCAUGGAGCUCGCCCUCCCCACGGCGUUCACCGUCGUCGUCUACCUCAUGGCCGCGCUCAACCCUUCCCCCGCCGCGUUCGCGCUCACGCUCGCCGUCAUCCUGGGCUACGUGCUCGUCGCCGAGGGCUUGGGGCUCGCCGUCGGCGCCGUCAUGAUGGACGCCAAGCGCGCGUCGACUCUUGUCACGGUGAUCAUGCUGGCGUACCUCCUCACCGGCGGGUUCUACGUCCACAACGUGCCGGAGUUCAUGGUGUGGGCCAAGUACACCUCCUUCACCUACUACUGCUACCGCCUCCUCAUCGCCGUGCAGUACGGCGGGCACCUCAAGCGCCUGCUCCCGCCGGAGGCCGUCGACGGCGAGGCCGGACCGGGGGCCUGCGUCGCCGCGCUCGUCGCCAUGUUCUUCGGCUACCGGCUUCUGGCGUACCUCGCCCUCCGCCGCGUCAGGAAGUGAUCGGUCUGAUCUGACCUGACCUGACCUGACCCCCGCCGGCGUCAGCACCUGCUGCUGUAGGUAGCUAGCUAGGGACGUGUCUGUCCAUUAACUAUUCCGGCUGGCCGGCCGGUAACAUUGAAGGCGAGGUCCGGCCGCCGCGCGCGGCGAAACCGAUCGACCGGGAUCCGUGGCUCAGGAGGGCAGGCCGGCGUCGAAGGAGAUGAUUUGACCACAAAUGACGCGGUUGUUGUUGCAUCGGCGUCGCCGGGGAUCGACGCGAAGGUCGUCUUCUUCGUUCUCCCGCCGCGAUUUGUUUCUUUUUUUCACCCUUUUCUCUUACCUAUAAGUUUGGUGGUCAACAAUGUGCCAUCGAUCGAGAUGCCUUGUUUGCAAGUGUAUUAUAUAUUGAUGAUGAUGAUGAUGAAUCAGCGAGUGUAAGCUCAAGCUGUGAGAGCUGAUUUGUUUGGGCUUCUUGAUGAUCUGGUGAUGAUCGACGAAUUGAUAAUGAGAUUGAUUUUUAAA